UCGUAUAUAGAUGUAAUUUGCGAAUUUAGGGAUAAAGACAAGAAGUCCCUUCAAUUGUUCAAAGACCACGGCAUUGUUCCUUUAAAUAGAGACUGUCCACACUACGGGAAUCCUUGUGCUUUCAGACCGGUAAGAAAUUUGCUCAUCAUUUCCUCAACGCUGUGACUUUACGCUUCGCGCCAUCAUAAUAAAUCACUCCGCUACCUGGGCUUCAUAAGCACCUAUGCGGCCGUAUCAUAUCACGCCCAGAAAAUGCCUCAAAUUUCACCAUAUCAUAGACGGAUUUCUCUCAGAGGGGUCGGGAGAACUCAAACUAGUCCUAAUUGUUCGCAGUGACCUCAAAAUGGGGAAAGGCAAAGUUGCAGCUCAGUGUUCCCAUGCUACUCUGAAGGCAUACAAGCAAACACAGAAGAGGGAUUCUAGACUGCUGAGAGCCUGGGAGAUGAAUGGACAACCUAAGGUUGUGUUGAAAAUAGAAGAUGAAGCCUCAAUGCUAGAUUUGGCUUCUCUGGCCAGAGAUGCUGGGUUGACUGUGAGCCUCAUUCAGGAUGCCGGCCGCACACAGAUUGCUCCUGGAUCACGCACAGUUCUUGGCAUUGGGCCAGGCACUGUAGAACUUGUUGACACUGUCACUGGACAUCUGAAACUUUACUAAAUUUUGCAAGGACACCUUUAUUUAUUUAUAGUUUAGAUUUUCUCUUAAACCUAUAUAAAUGUGAGGGCUGUGUUCCUGUGCAGCGCUGUGUUUGAUGGUGAAUACUUGAUCCUAUUGUGUAUCCCCCUCCCAUAUAUUACUAAAACUACAAUACUGUAUGGCAGGUGCUACCAUUGAUAAAUAAAAUUUAGAAAUGUGA